AUGUCUCGUCAACACAUCGUCUCCCACUACACACGUCUCCUCGCCCGCUGGCCCAAAGACGCUCUCCGUCCCGAAAAGACGUUUCAGCAAAUCAUCCUCGAGCCCCGACUGCAAGCUGCUCCCACUGCAAGUCCCGCAGGCGUCACGUCCGAGGCUAUCUCAUCCCCUUCCGCCACCUCUUCGUACGUCAGGAACGAGAACAACGAAGUCAAUGCUGCAUAUCUUUUGCUGGAGAAUAGCUUCUCGAAACAAUUCCGACCUGGGAAGCGGUUGAUGGAACCGAUGAGUAAUCCGAAACAUUAUGAGAACUUGCGAAGAGAGUUGGAGGAGUUGCCGAACAGGAGUCUGUGGGGAAAUUGGUUGCAGAGGAUGAAGAGUAUGGUGAGGAUGAAGUGA